CUCCUCCUCCUCCUCCUCCCCCCCACGGGUGCUGCAAGCCCCUCUUGAAUUGCUCCGCACGUUACUGCUGCUUGGUGCAGGCGGGCAUUUCCAUGCAAGCGCCAGCCACCCGCUGCAGUAACACGCGUCAACCCAUCACUCGCCUCCCGCUCCGAAUCCGGAGCGAUUUCGUUACUUGUGGAGGUGCGGGGACCGUUUUCCGGCAGGAAGGUCCAGUCUAAGUUUAUUUGCGGCUUCCGCUCUUAUUUACAAGUCAUCGGUUUUGCUCACCACCCCCCGGGAACCGAGGGAACCGAAGUCGCCAGGCCGGGCGGGGGCCGCCCGCAGCCAGCCCGCCGCAGCGCGCCGCCCGUCCCCGGGGAGGCCCGGCGGCGCGAGGCCGCCCGCCGCCGCCGCUUAUGCAACACAUCAUCGAUAACCACCCCGACAUGGCCACCGCGCUGCUGGCGGGCGAGAAGCUGAAGGAGCUCAUCCUGCCCGGGCAGCAGGACGACAAGGCGGGCGCGCUGGCGGCUCUGCUCCUCCAGCUGAAGCUGGAGUUGCCCUUCGACCGCGUGGUCACCAUCGGCACCGUCCUCAUCCCCAUCCUCCUCGUCACCCUCGUCUUCACCAAGAACUUCGCCGAGGAGCCAAUAUACUGUUAUACACCACACAACUUCACCCGCGAUCAAGCCUUGUAUGCCAGAGGAUAUUGUUGGACAGAAUUAAAAGAUGCCUUGCCAGGAGUUGAUGCCAGCCACUGGCCCUCCUUGUUUGAGCAUAAGUUCCUACCUUAUGCACUGCUGGCUUUUGCUGGGAUAAUGUACAUUCCAGCUCUGGGCUGGGAAUUUCUGGCCUCUACCCGACUGACUUCAGAGCUUAAUUUUUUGCUUCAGGAGAUCGAUAACUGCUACCACCGUGCAGCUGAAGGGCGGGCACCCAAAAUAGAGAAACAGAUUCAGUCCAAAGGCCCAGGGAUCACCGAGAGAGAGAAGAGAGAAAUCAUUGAGAAUGCAGAGAAGGAAAAAAGCCCUGAGCAGAACUUGUUUGAGAAAUACCUGGAAAGAAGAGGACGAAGUAACUUUUUAGCUAAGCUUUAUCUUGCAAGACAUUUGUUCAUCAUCUUUUUAAGCAUCAUACCAAUUACAUACUUGUCCACCUACUAUGCUACACAGAAGCAAAAUGAAUUUACAUGUGCACUAGGAGAGCCUCCAGACAAAACAAGCAGCUCCAAAUUGCAUAUCAGAGUGAACUGUAAACUGCCAUCUGUCCAGCUCCAGCGGAUUAUUGCUGGUGUAGAUAUCGUUCUCCUCUGCUUCAUGAACUUGAUAAUCCUCAUCAACUUAAUUCACCUCUUCAUAUUUCGCAAGUCUAACUUCAUAUUUGAUAAACUGAACAAAGUUGGAAUAAAGACCAAGAAACAGUGGCAGAAGUCCCAGUUUUGUGAUAUCAAUAUUUUGGCCAUGUUUUGUAAUGAAAAUCGGGACCACAUAAAAUCAUUGAACCGUCUGGAUUUUAUUACAAAUGAAAGCGAUCUGAUGUAUGACAAUGUGGUACGCCAGCUGCUUGCAGCGUUGGCCCAGUCCAAUCAUGAUGCCACUCCAACCAUGCGUGAUUCAGGGAUCCAAACAAUAGACCCAAGCGUUGAUCCAGCAGACAUUGAUGCUAAUGAGCAGCUCAUCAUUAAGAGGCCAAGGAAGAAGAUGAAAUGGAUCCCAACUACCAAUCCCCUUCCUCAGCCAUUCAAGGAACAGUUAGCCAUUAUGAAGGUUGAAAACCAUAAACCUGAAAAACCGAAGCCUGUGCGGAGAAAAACAGCAACAGACAGCCUUAUAGCUCCUUUGUUAGAGUCUGCUGCAAAAACCUCACAGCAAUUGUCCACUCAUAAAACAGAGCCAAACGCCAUCCCAAGCACAAGCAGUGAAAAAAAACACACACGACACUUUUCCUUGGAUGUUCAUCCAUAUAUACUUAGUAGCAAAAAACCCAAGCCAGAGAUUCAAGCCAUCCCCUCGAUGCCUACGUCAAAAAGCCAAGAAGGUGGAUUUUUAAACCAGGAAGAGAAUGUCGUAGUACACGUUACCUCCUCUCUCAAAGACACCCCUCAUCCUGCAAAAGAGAUCCUAUACUCAUCUGAGACAUGCAGAACUGUGCCUGCUGCUGGGGCUUUUGUCACAUGUAACCACAACCAUAUAGCCACAGCCGCUGCUGCAACGAGCAUGACUUUGAACCAAGUCAAGCCAGAGCCAACACCUGCACUGAACUGCAACCCAGCCCACCCUUUGCUGCACAUCAACACACUGUACGAGGAUCACGAGGAGGACGUUUCAAACAUUGUAGACAAUGGUAUUCACUCACCAACUGACACCGGGGAAAUUCUCUCCAUCCCUACCCCAAAGCAGAUAAGGUUGGCAACAUUUGAUGAACCCAUGGCAAUCGUGAGCUCGGUGGAGUACUGAAGACCCCGGGCUGCGCAGCCGUGCCCUCGUGGCCAGGCCCAAGACCACGGCAGUGCAGGCCACAGUCCCCCCAACGAGGCAAUUCACUGCAUGAGCAUGGGGAGUUUUCACACAGACUAUAGCUUUUGGUAAUAACGCCAAACGGUUUUUCAGGAUCACAUCAUGAGCACUGUCAGUCAUUUGCAGAAUAGAAUAAAGAAAAUGUGGUGGAAAUAGACCUUGAACGCCCAGACAACCAUUAGCUCUAGCUCGAAACUAUAGUUUCCUGAUUUAAACAGGGAUUAGCACAAUUUAUGAACAUUAAGAGUCUGAUGGCAUGCCACAAUAAUUUUAGUGAGUGUUUAAAUCCUUUGCAUUCAGAAUCACUGAUUAAAGUUAAAACAACAUGGAGGUGAGGUAAACUCUUUUAAUGGCAGCAGUUAAAUAAGAGUUCUUUUCUAAGCAGAGAGGAUUUUUUUUCAAUUCAGGAUUAUGAAAAAGUUAUAUGCAAGCAAAAUUUUUGUUUGUUUGUUUCUUUAGCUCGCUAAUGUUGGGCUUGAUGGAGACUUAGCUGAAAGGGCCUCACUACCACCAGCAUUUAAGUGCAAAAAGAUUGACACACUCAAUCUCUUGCAUUUAUAAAUGAAAAUACCUGAGGUAUGCCCCGCCCUUUAACUAGCUUAUAUGUUUGAUGGAAGAUGAUGAAAUGAAGAGUUUAUUUUUUUAAAUAUAUUUUACCAUGGGAAAAAUUACUUUAAUAACUUUUCAAACCAGGUGUUGCUUUUAACAAAAUGUGUAGAAGAGAGUCAUUGUAGCUGCUUAUUUUUUCAUAGUAUAUUUAUGAACCAGGUUAGAAACUUUCAUGGGUGCUUCACUGAUACGAAAAAUCUUAUGAAGGUUGUUACAAAAUAUCUUACAGAAUAUGAAACCAGCAAAACUGUUUUCAAAUAACACACAGUUAAAGAAGUCUCUGAUUUUAGGUCUGCAGACUUGGCUAGUCCUUAAUUCAGCAAACACUUAAGGCCAUGGAUGGCACUGAAACGACUCAUAUGUCUAAAGCUAAGCACACACUGAAAUGGCUUUGCUGGAUCUGGGCUCUAGUGCAGGCAGACAAUAAUCCUGCAGUAUGUGCUAUCACUCUGAUUCAAUAUUUGCCUUCCUGGGCUCAAAGCACAUCUUCAUGCCCAUCUUCCUAUAACUACGGUAUGUGUGAUUUAAUAGAAAACUCUAGUGUAACUAAAACAGCUAUUAAAAGUGUAUCAUGCAAUAACCAUUAUCAGCAAAAUUAUAGUGAAACAAAAAGUGACUGUGUUAAAAUAAUAUUCCUAGCUGCAUUCAGAAUUAUGGACUAUGUGUGUUUGCUUCAAAAUUAUGUAUAAUGGUAGAAAAAAUAUGCAGCACAAAUAUGGGACUGAAAUCUUGAAUUUAUUUUUAAUUUAUUACCUCAGACAUGGAUAUAUUAUACCAAUAUUUAAUGAAAAUAGCACUGAAAAUAAAUACCUAUUAUUCUGAA